AUGUCGACCCUUAACGGUCAUGUUGACGCGACCGCCGCCGUCACGAUUGGCAAAGACUCCUCUGAACUCCAGCCCACAAAAUCCAACAUUGGCGUGUUCACGAACCCGAAACAUGACCUCUGGGUAGCCGAAACGUCGCCAACUCUUGCAGAAGUCAAAGAUGGAAAAGACCUAAGAGAAGGAGAAGUCUACAUCGGCAUCAAGAGUACCGGGAUCUGCGGCUCAGACGUACACUUCUGGCACGCAGGGUGUAUAGGUCCUAUGAUUGUCACGGACGACCAUAUCCUGGGCCACGAAUCUGCAGGCAUAAUAUUAUCCGUCCAUCCCAGUGUCACGAAUUUGAAGCCAGGCGACAGAGUGGCCAUAGAACCGAAUGUUCCGUGUUUCAAAUGCGAGCCGUGCUUAACAGGAAGAUACAAUGGGUGUGAGAGUGUUGAGUUUCUUUCCACGCCGCCCGUUGAUGGGUUGUUGAGGCGAUACGUCAAACACCCUGCGGUGUGGUGUCACAAGAUCGGGAACAUGAGUUACGAGAACGGAAGUCUAUUAGAGCCUCUCUCUGUAGCAUUGGCAGGAAUGGAACGCGCCGGUGUCAGGCUUGGAGACCCCGUGCUGGUAUGUGGUGCUGGUCCAAUUGGCCUGGUUACACUGUUAUGCUGCGCAGCUGCUGGUGCAUGUCCCCUCCUGAUCACGGACAUUGAUGAGGGACGGUUGAAGUUUGCGAAAUCCCUCGUUCCACGAGUCACCACGUUUCAGGUCCCCAAGGGCGCAUCUGCGGAGGAAUGCGCUAAUCAAAUCGUCUCGGCAAUGGGUGGUAUCCGACCUCGCGUCGCAGUGGAAUGUACAGGUGUCGAAUCGAGCGUCAACUCGGCCAUCUGGUCGGUCAAGUUCGGUGGCAAAGUCUUUGUGAUCGGCGUGGGCAAGAACGAGAUGACGAUCCCGUUUAUGAGGCUGUCCACGCAAGAGAUCGAUCUCCAAUAUCAAUACCGGUACAGUAACACGUGGCCGAAAGCGAUCAGGCUGGUGGAGAGCGGUGUGAUUUCUCUGGAGAAAUUGGUCACGCAUCGGUUCAACAUGAGCGAUGCGGUGGCUGCUUUCCAGACGGCGAGUGAUCCAAAGAGCGGAGCCAUCAAGGUCCAGAUCAAGAACGACGACAGCUUAUGA